GAUGACAUUGCAUAUUUUCCCGUUCUUAUUGGGAGAAGGCCGUGUGUGUCACUCAGUUGCUAAAUCACCCAAGAGGUUCUCAGAAGGGACCUGUCAGUUUUAGGUUUAAAGAACCCAGAAAGAGAAGGACUAUAGGGGAACUGAUGGUGUUCCUGUUACCUCUCAUCGUUGUAGUAAUGGUGAAGCACAGCGAUUCCCGGACGCACUCUCUGAGAUAUUUUCGCCUGGGCGUUUCGGAUCCUGGCCGUGGGGUCCCUGAAUUUAUUUCAGUUGGGUAUGUGGACUCGCAGCCUAUCACCACAUAUGACAGUAUCACUCGGCAGAAGGAGCCGCGGGCCCCAUGGAUGGCAGAGAACCUCGCGCCUGAUCACUGGGAGAGGUACACUCAGCUGCUGAGGGGCUGGCAGCAGACAUUCAAGGUGGAACUGAAGCGCCUGCAGAGGCGCUACAAUCACUCAGGGUCUCACACUUACCAGAGAAUGAUUGGCUGUGAGCUGCUGGAGGAUGGAAGCACCACAGGAUUUCUGCAGUAUGCAUAUGACGGGCAGGAUUUCCUGAUCUUCAAUAAAGACAGCCUCUCCUGGCUGGCUGUAGAUAAUGUGGCUCACACCGUCAAGCGGGCAUGGGAGGCCAAUCAGCAUGAGUUGCAAUAUCAAAAGAAUUGGCUGGAAAAAGAAUGUAUUGCCUGGCUAAAGAGAUUCCUGGAGUAUGGGAACGACACCCUACAAAGAACAGAGCCCCCACUGGUCAGAGUGAAUCGCAGAGAAACUUUCCCAGGGGUUACAACUCUCUUCUGCAAAGCUCAUGGCUUUUACCCCCCAGAAAUUUACAUGACAUGGAUGAAAAAUGGGGAAGAAAUUGUCCAAGAAAUGGAUUAUGGAGACAUUCUUCCCAGUGGGGAUGGAACCUAUCAGACGUGGGCAUCAGUUGAGCUUGAUCCUAAGAGCAGCAACAUUUACUCCUGCCAUGUGGAGCACUGCGGUGUCCAUAUGGUUCUUCAGGUUCCCCAGGAAUCAGAAACUAUCCCUCUCGUAAUGAAAGCUGUCUCUGGGUCCAUUAUCCUUGUCAUUGUGCUGGUUGGAGUUGGUGUUCUAGUCUGGAGAAGAAGGCCCCGAGAGCAAAAUGGAGCCAUGUACCUUCCGACACCAGAUCGAUGAUUGCAGAUCCCUCUUUUCCAGUUUUCCUUCCUGUAGGAGCCAUGUUCUCCUCUGUCCCCCAUAGACUCAAACCCAGUGCUUGAAGCUCCUGACCACACCCACAACAUACAUGAGGGUAAUGGGAUUGAGCAUUUAUGGCAGCAACAUAGGAGCCACAAAAUGUUCUUUGUUCUUUGGCUCCAAAAAGACUGUCAGAUUUCAGCCUCUUUUGAUGGACUGUUUUAUCACAGUUGACUUUAAAUACAGCUUGUCUGAUGACACAACACUUCCCUACAUUCCAUUUGUCAAUGAUGAUUUGCAACUAGUUGGAGAUUCUCAGAGCAGGAAGGAAUCUUUUCAUCCAGAGCAGGAACUGUCUUCUGCAAUGCCUUGGACUUGAGCCUCCAGCCUCCACCUGAACACCAUGUGAAGGGAACCUCAAUACCUCAUAAAAUGGCCUUUCUCAUUCAUCUUCUUUCAUGGGAACAUUAUUGUACCAGAGCUUUGAAUAUCAUGGGCACCAUGACUGUGACCCUGCAGGUAGGAUUGGAUCACCCCAUGAGAGUAGCCAGCAGGUUUCUACAAUGGCCUGGGAAUGGACUGAUUAUUAUUAUACAUUUUCUGGCCUGAGAGAAAGCCAGAGUCCCCUGCUGUUAACAGCAACCCUGCCUGGGAGCUUGGAAUCUUGGUAAUCUGCCUGAUUGGAUCUAUGGAGGUAGUCUCACCCUUUUUUUCUUUUGUGGAAAAUUAAGAGAAAUAAUUAUCAGACAUAUCAUCACUUCCAGUGGAACUACAGAGACCUGGACCCAGCUGCACUAUUUUAGUGUAAAAAUAACGGUAUGGCUGGGUGCAGUGGCUUACGCCUGUAAUCCCAACACUUUGAGAGGCCAAGGCAGGCAGAUCACGAGGUCAGGAAUUUGGGUAUGGCCUGGGUAGGCAGUUCUGACUUCUCAUGGAGUUGGAGGCAAGUGGUGGCUGGAACAGAAAUGGGGCAGCCAGGGGUGGUGGCCAGGCAUCUCCUACCUCUCCUCCAUGUAGUCUCAGGAAGUCUCCAUAUGAUCUGUCUGUGUGGGUUAGUUGGGCUUCCUCACAACAUGGUGGCUAACUUCCCUCAGAAUGAGUAUCCCAAGAGAUCACAGAGUACAUAGCAUUUAUAUAAUCUAAUAUUUGAAGUCACAAAGUGUCAUUUUUGCAAUAACUCAUGGCUCAAGGAAGUCAUAAAAUCCUGCUCAGGUUGAAAAAGAGGGUGUAUAGAACCCAACACUCAAUAGGAUGAUUGUCAGAGUUACAUUGUAAGAAGAGCAUGUAGAUGGGAGAUAUCAUUGUGGCCAUUUUGGGAAAGAUGCAACAUGUCACAAUGUCAUGCUCUCCAUCGUCUCCCCAUUCCACCUUGUACUGGUUUCCAAGGGUAGUCAUUUAAAAGUACCACAAAAACUGGGUGGCUUGGAACAACAGAAAUGUAUUGUCUCACAGUUCUGGAGGCCAGAAGUUCAAAAUGAAAUGUUGGCAGAACUGUGCUCUCUCUAAAGGGACUGGGAAAGGAUCUGUUCCAGGCUUCCCUCCUGUCUUCUGGUUGUUCCUUGCCUUCUGGUUGCAUAACUCUAGUCUUCAUUUGGUGUUCUUCCUGCAUGAAUGACUUUGUGUCCAAAUUUCCUUUUUUCAUGAGGCCAUCAGUCAUACUGGAUUAGGGGCCCACCCUACUACUGCAGGAUGACCUCACCUUCACAAAUUACAUCUGCAACAACCCUAUUUCCAAAGAAGGCCACAUUCUGAGGUACUGGGGGUUACAACUUCAUGAAUUUUUGGGGGGCAAACAAUUCAACUCCUAACACAUCUCUACCCAACCUCUUAGAUUCCCUCAAUCCACCAAAACUUUUUGGCUCCACUGGAUUAUCUAGCCGUUAGGAAACCAAGAUCAUUAAACGAAUUCACCACAACUACUAUGAGACUGACUACCUUAGCUUACCUCUGUGAGAGGAGUUAAGCCAAGGGAAUCUGUGGAAUUUUGGAGGGUUUGGGGGCAUUUGGGGGCAGGGGGCAAAUGUCCUGCCUUUAAAUCCCAACACUUAGUUCUCUUCCAUUUAUAAGACCCGCCCCUCCAUCCCAACCCCUGCACCACAGGACAAGGAAGUGUUCUUGGCCUUCAACUUUCAUCCCUGAUGGUGAAAGCAGUUGCUCGUGAUCUAUUUGCCCACGAGCUUCUCCUCUGGAGCCUGAGGUUUCUGAUGCCUGCCUGGCUGGUUCUCAGUAAGAAGGUCAAGUUCAACCAGAGGGGCGAUCCUGAUGCCUUUCAGUAGUUAAAUAUGAGUUCAGAUCCCGGGGUCUAGACAGAAGAUUUGGGGUCCCCUGGAUAUAAGAUUUCUGGAAACACUCAGACUGUGGGGACCCCUGCUGAGGGAGAAGUCCCAAACUGUGGCUUCAGGGGAAUGCACCAAGGCUCUCACUGAGGCCGCCUUCUCCAACAAGCUCCCCUUCUGCUUCCCCAUGGCUGGCAUGGCUGAGUAAAAAGGACACUGAGCACAGCCCAUGCAUGAACGCCUUGCCAUGCAGCAGGAUAAAACCCAUAAUGCCACUCAGCGUGCCUUGAUUAUAAAUCUAGUUUGAUUACAACACUAAUCUCUGGCCAUUUAUUCUGUUUCUGGUUUGUGAACCAACUGAAGAUGUGAGCAGGGCCUCAGCUAACCCACAAAUAGCACAUGUGUGCAAACUGGGAAAAUGAAUCCUUCUUCUGGGAGGACGCAGCCCAGGCCAGGUCACCCGGCUUGGCCAGCAGAACACAGAGUGGAUUUUGGUCCCAUUUGUUCCCCAGUGGGGUAUCUAUCCUUGUGCAGGGCAUAAGCUUACAUGGCAUUUCUGGUCAUACCAAUAGAAAAUAAAUAGAAACAGGCUGCACACCAGAAUGAAUGAAUUGAAUUGACAGGGAGGAGUGAUGGUGGAAAGAAAAACAAGUCAAUUCAUUUAGACUGGUAGAGCCAGAACCACUGUGUAGUAUAUCAGUAUAUCCAAACGGUUAAAAUUCCCUGAAAGAUGUUACAUAAUCCUAUCAUGGUGUUUAUUUAUGGAAAUCUAAUUUUAAAAUUUUGUGUAAUACUGCACAGUCUGUUUGCAUGAUCCCUUGUAUGUAGUAGCAACUCAGUAAAUACUUUUUGAAUGAACUAGUACAGUAUUUUAAUUAGCUAGUCUUCAUGUACUGGUACAAAAGAACAGUGUCAUCUUACAGCUGAAGUCAUAGAGGGGAAAUAUCCGAUUCAGGAUCAUAUAACAUUCCAGGUGCUCAGGAUGAAUGAUCCGAGAACGGGUCUGAAUUCUUCAAAGGUUUCAGCUGUAUUAACAUUCUUUAUCUAAUAAACUUUAUCUUGUCAUUGCA